AUGGAGAACUUGGAGCAUAGUGAUGACAUCAGCGUCCUGCCCACCCAUGAGGUGGAGCCCCCCAGGGAGGAGGACACACACUGCCCCCUGCCGUUCAGGCUGCAGCUGAUCGACGACCUGACCUACGAAGACGUGAAGAAGUGCUACAGAGGAUCGACUGUCAGCAAAUACAACUCUCAGUACCACAAACUGUUCCAGACGGUUCCUAAAGAGGAGAUCCUGAUGAAAGUGUAUUCAUGUGCGUUACUGAGAGACAUCCUGCUGCAGGGCCGACUCUACAUCUCCAGGAACUGGCUCUGUUUCUACGCCAACCUGUUCGGUAAAGACAUCAAGGUCUGCAUACCGGUGGUGUCAGUUCGGCUGGUGAAGAAGCACAAGACGGCCGGCCUGGUGCCAAACGGCCUGGCCAUCACCAUGGAUACGGGGCAGAAGUACGUGUUUGUGUCUCUGCUGUCCAGAGACAACGUCUACGAUGUUCUCAGGAGGAUCUGCACUCACCUGCAGGUGAACGGGAAGAGUCUGAGUCUGAAGCAGUAUCUGGAGGAGCCCAGCUCUCUGUCUAUGGAUGAGUUUCCGGAGGUGUUGAAGUGGAGGAGGAAGCCGUCGCUCCCGGCCGUCUCCUCGUCUCUCCCGGACCUGCUGGGAAACUCAACCCCCGUAAUCACAGCAGACAUACCGUUCAGCACGCACACACUCACAGACUCAUCACCUCCUGUUGUCCUCAAGUCAAGGAAGGGAGACAGCAGUUUGGAGACAGAGAAGAUCCUGCUGACAGAACCAGUACCUGAACUGGGUCACAUGGAGUACCAACUACUGAAACUCUUCAUCCUGCUCGUCUUCAUGUUGGUCCUGUCGUCUUGCUAUCUGGCCUUCAGAGUUUGUCGUCUGGAGCAGCAGCUGAGCUUCCUGAGCAGCCAGCCGACACUGAGAGAGAGGUGUGGCGAGGUGCCGUGCUGGCUGGCCAAUCAGAAGACAGGUACCUGA